AUGGGAGGUGACGGCGAUUCGCGGAAGACUGUACAGUUUUUCAAUAAGUCCGCCGAAGCGAACCGCCUGACAAUAGAGUGGUUCGUCAACCACAAUGCCGUUUGCUGCAUUUGCCGUAGAGCACUUGACGCGUACGAGACCAAGGAUCUCCACAAGCACCCUCGAUUGCAAGUGAUCAUUUGCUCCGAAUGUUUCCCGGAGGGAGGAGAGGAGUCGUCCAAUGGUCGGAGUUGUAUCUGGUGCUGCCAUGAAACGUCGAGGCAACAGGUUGGCGGAGACGCAUCGCGCUCGAGGAUUUGUCGCACAGCGGAGUGUACCAAUACAAUAUGUGAUAGAUGCCUCCGCGGUAACUUCACGAAGACUCAAGUCGAAGAAAUGCUCGUCGAGUGGAAAUGCUUCGAAUGUGAUCCAAGCAUCAUUGAGCCUCAUCGUCUGUACGCAGACUGUUUAUUGGAAUUCGCUCGGACGUUCAGAAAACCCGUGAUCCCGAGUCAACGUUCGAGAGCUGUCCCAACAGGGGACUUGCGCACGCGAUUCCUCAGUAGCAUACGAGAUCUCCUGAAUCACGUGAAAGAAGACCUACCUCGAAAUGAUUUAUUCACGGCAAAUCUAGAGGAUCAUAUAAAAUUGGCGCAGAGUCUCCGAACAGAGCUGAGUAGACCACAGAUCAGUUUCAUCAAACAAGAGCCAGAAGCGACCACCAGGAUCAUUGAGCCGCGCGAAACUCAGUCAGCCGACCCUGCCCCUCCGGAAAUCAGGAACGACAUUGGAUGCUCUGGGAUGGCGAUGAAGUCUGAAGUGUUGGAGGAUCCGGAUGAGCAUGAGCAGAUUGAGUCCCUGUCUUCCGAAGAAGAGAUGCUUGGAAGAAUCACCGUCAAACGAGAUCCUGAGGCCACGCAGCCUCUGCCCAGGACCAGACGCGCCAGUAGUGACGCAGAUUCGAAUGAAACCUUACGGCUCGACAACGAUUUGUCUAGCAAUGGCAAGUCCGCUGCCACAGCUGACGACGAUGAGCUGAGCCGCCUGCUUGGGGACGUCAACCGAAGACACUGGAACGGAAAGGACCCUGGUAUCGCGAACGCUCAAGCGAAGAAAGCGCCUGCCCGCAAAGAGAAAAAAACCGAGCAACCCUUCCUAUCGUCGGAUGACGAGAGCAUUGUCUCCGCGAGUGACGACGAACUCAAUCCCUCUUGUUCACAAGACGACGGUGCACUCACCGUUCCAUCUGACGAUGAAGCUGUCGCCGGAAGCAGUCCUCGGGACGAAGACAACGAUGAUAACGAGGAAGACUUCUUCAAUCCAAAGGAACGCAGCAAGUUGGACACGUCGUCCGGGGAAGAGUCCGCGGAAGAGACCCCGGAAAAGUCAAGCGAGGCUAAAGCCUCGAAGAAGGUCGACGAGGGCGUUGAAAAGCCCGAAGAUAAAACUGCGAAGGAGCCUCGGCGCCGAAAGAGCUUGCCGGCGAUUCCGUCCGUAUCUACAAGCGAGCCUAAAACCGCAGAGAAGAAAAAGAUUGGAAGAAGCAAGAAGUCUGGGAACAAGCGGGAGCUGUCGUCGGACAGUGAGUCCGAAAUCGAGCUGCAUAGUGAUCUGGAGAGCGCUGACAUGGAGGAGGUGCAACCGGCCGACGAGCUUGACCAGUCGCGAAAGGAGUCUGAUAGGCCAGCAAAGAAGAAACAAAGAGUCGUUUCGCUCGUGUCCGACGAUUCGGAAUCGGACGCGGAUGCCAAGGAGAAAAGCAAUGAUCCUAGUCCAAAGAAAUUCACAAAGCAGAACGUCAAGAUACUCGAAUCUUCCGCGACGGCUGGAAAGGAUACGUGCCACAUCAUAUCCAGUGACGAUGAGGAUUUCGUCCAGCCCAUUCAUCCGGUUCCAGUCAAAACCGAAAGUGGAACCCACGUGGGGAGGAAGAACAUCAAAGAGCUCCUGACCGGUUCCCAAUUAAGCAAGGUCACGAUCGAAGCGAACAAGCGGGAAAAAGAACGAACCAGGCGCAUCGAGGAGAUGCAGAGAAAAUAUAAUGACUUUGCGAAGAAGGGGGGCGAUGAAGGAGAAGAUGUCCAAUGCAUUCUGGAGUUUGACCUUGCCACGAAAGAGCCCCUGGUCCAAGUUCAUCCCCAAUUGAGCAGGAGAAUGAAGAGCCAUCAAGUGGAAGGCGUGAAAUUUCUCUACACGAAUUUGGUGGAAACUAUUGCCAAGCUACGAGAGAAGUCACCGGGGACUGGAGCUAUACUAGGGCACUGCAUGGGUCUGGGGAAAACCUUCCAAGUUGUCUGUUUCCUACAUACUCUCAUGACGCACAAGGAUCUGAGAGGGUAUUUCAAGACUGUCCUCGUCAUCUCCCCGCUCAAUGUCAUUGCAACAUGGCAAGAGGAAAUAUCGCGUUGGGUAGAUCGAGAUCCGAAAAUCACCGAGAAACUGAAGCAAUUCAGUCUCCAUAACGAGAGCAACCAACGAUUGCGCGCAGCAAUGCUGAGCAAAUGGCAGCGCAGCGGUGGCAUCAUGCUGAUGACGCCGAGCCUCCUCGUCAGUUUGCUAGGCCGGGAAACCGAUGCAGGGAAGAACAAACGGACGAAAAACAAGCAACCACUGGACCCCGAGCUCAGGAAACAAUUCCUUGCCCAUCUCUGCUUACCGGGGCCGAACCUGUUGAUCGUUGAUGAAGGCCACACCCUGAAGAGGAGUUCCACUCAACUCACUCAGAUUGUUGAUACGAUGAUCAAAACCACGAGGAAGAUCCUCCUCACUGGGACACCCUUGCAAAAUAAUCUUACCGAAUAUUAUACCAUGGUUUCGAUUGUGUCGCCACACCUUCUCGGCACCAAAGCCGAAUACCGGAACCGCUUCGAGAACCCCAUUACGAAUGGCCAGUAUAAGAACUCGACCGCCUCCGACAUAAGGAAGAUGCGUCAACGGGCCAGCGUUCUGAAGAAGCUUCUCGAGAACGUGGUCCACAGGAGAGACCUGUCAGUGCUGCAGAGCAUUUUGCCGCCGCGGCACGAUUACGUGAUCACAAUCAGGCUUUCAAAAAUGCAGGAACUUCUCUACGAAAAGUUCCUUGGACUCCUCGUGUCGAAAUCAGGAGAGCAAGGAUCCGAACCGUCGCUGAGGAGGCUGCUGCAAGAUUUUGUGCUGCUUCGCUCAGUUUGGACGCAUCCCAAGCUCCUGACCAUGCCGAAGAAAACUCUCCAGAGGGAAAGAAAAAACGCUACCGUAGCCGACAUGCUGACUUUCGACGCGAUAGCACCGGAGCCCAAUUCGGAGAUUAUCAACAAAGACUGGUUCAAGCCCUUUGUUGAAGGGAAAAACGUGGAUGACAUCACGUUGGGACCGAAGAUCUUCGUACUCUGCGACAUCAUUCAGAACUGCCACAUGAUAGGCGAUAAAUUGGUCGUGUUCUGCACUCAGCUCAGCGCCUUGGAUCUCGUAGAGUUUCUGCUGCGCAUCAUGAACGACAACCACAUCGGGGAGGGUCGCUGGUCGAAGGAUAUCGACUACUUCCGGAUGGACGGUUCCACAAGUGCCGAAGACAGGCAUCGCUUCUUCAAAAUUUUCAACGACCCAAAGAACACCCGAGCCCGUCUGUUCCUGGUGAGCACCAAUGCCGGAAAACUCGGCUCCACGCUCGUGGGCGCGAACCGGAUGGUUCUAUUGGAUACUAGCUGGAAUCCAGCUGACGACAAUCAAGCGGUCUAUCGGAUCUAUCGAAUCGGGCAGAGCAAGCCAGUGUACAUAUACAGGUUCGUGUCGUUCGGGACCAUGGAGGAGAAAAUCUACGCGAGGAAUAUUCUGAAAGAAAGUCAAAGCUGCCGGGUAUUGGACGAUUCGAAUAUGGAGAGGCAUUUCACCCACGAAGACGUUCGGGACCUUUACACCUUCACUCCUUACAAUGAAGCCAAUCGGAAAACGCCCUCCGUUCCCGAAGACAUGAUGUUGGCGGAGCUGAUUCUCCGGCAUCCAGAUCUCAUUGCGAACGUCCACAAGCAUCAGCAGAUGCUGCAGAACCUCGAGGAUGACAUGUCAGAGGAAGAUCGCCGGAUCGCUUGGGACGAAUACCAGCGAGAGAAAGAAGAGCCCCCGCCACAGCCGACGGCGCCUACCCCCUCCCCGAUGCUGGCGAAUCUUGCCGAAAUUAAUAAUGCGAGCAACGUCGAGAGAACGGUUCUCUAUUUCCACGAAUACUGGCGGAGAGAUGGCGUUACCGACAAAGACCGACUGAGAACCGCGGCGCCUUUCCGCAACGCCGUGGGGAGCAGUCUUCACGAGUCCGAGCGGCGGGCAACGGAGCUCAAUCGGACGUUGGUGGACGUGCUCAAAAGGCAGAGUCAAGGCCAGGAUGUCUCCGAACUUUCUUCUUUAGUGAAAAUCGCUCGGGAUCGCCAGGAAAGGAUGAAGAAGCUGCGAGAACUACUGCAAAACAUCGAUCAAUUCGUGGCUCGCAGCACUCAGACCCUCAUUCCACGAGACGCACAUUGA